AAGUUCAAAAGACAGUUUGAUCUACGAGCAUUUCAUUCUGGUGGGAGCCAUCAUGGAGAGAGCUGUGCUGCAAAUCACCCUCUUUGGGCUGCUGCUGGCUUUGGCUGCGACACAACCGAACAAGGACGACUGGGACAUCUACAGCUUUCACAUCAACUCCACAGUGACCAGUCGUUAUGCAACCACUGUCAUCACGAGCCGCAUGGCCAAUCGUAUGGACGAGUCAAAGGAAAUAGAGUUCCACGUCCGGAUUCCCAAGAACGCCUUCAUCAGCAAAUUCAGAAUGUUUAUUGAUGGCCAAGUGUACGAUGGCAUUGUGAAAGGUAAAGAGAAAGCCAGGCAGCAGUACACUGAGGCUGUGUCCCGCGGACAAAGCGCCGGACUUGUCAGUUCUGUAGGGAGGACCCUGGAGGAAUUUAAGACCUCUGUGACUGUGGCUGCUCACAAAAAGGUCACCUUUGAACUCACAUAUGAGGAGCUGCUGAAACGCAGGCUUGGAAAGUACGAGCUGCAAAUCCACGCUCGACCCAUGCAGCCUGUGAAAAGCUUUAAAGUUGAUGUGCACAUUCACGAGGAAUCUGGCAUCAAUAUCGUUGAGGUUAAAGGAGGACUAGCCCUGGCUGAUGCCAUCAACAAAACACAUGCAGACAAUGAGGUGUGGGUGAACUUCUACCCAACAGAAGACCAACAGAAAACGUGUACCAGCUGUGGAGAGCAGGGACUGAAUGGAGAUCUGGUUAUUGUUUACGAUGUCAAUAGGGACAGUGGACUGGGAGACAUUAAGACUUCAGCCGGCUACUUUGUUCAUCACUUUGCCCCAUCUAGUCUUACCCGCAUAUCAAAAAAUGUUGUCUUCUUGAUCGAUCGAAGUGGCUCAAUGCACGGCAAAAAAAUGCAACAGACCCGGUUAGCCUUAAUCCACAUCUUGAACGACCUGUCAGAGGAUGACCACUUUGGUCUUAUCACUUUUGAUGGCAGCAUUUCUUACUGGAAACGAGAACUUGUUCAAGCCAACCAGCGAAACCUGGAGAGUGCCAAGAUAUUUUCAAGGAAUAUUAGAGAAAGUGGAGCCACAAACAUCAACAGUGCAGUGUUGGAAGGAGCCAGUUUGCUCAACGCACAUCCCAGAGAAGAUUCAGCAUCCAUCCUCAUUCUUCUCACUGAUGGAGACCCAACAUCAGGGGUGACAAAUCUUGAACAAAUCCAGUCAAAUGUCAGGGUGGCUAUUGCGGAUGAAUUCCCACUCUACUGUCUCGGUUUUGGUUUUGAUGUCAAUUUUGAGUUCCUUGAGAAGAUGUCGCUGCAGAACAAUGGUGUGGCACGACGGAUUUAUGAAGACUCUGAUGCUGAUUUACAGCUGAAGGGUUUCUAUGAAGAGGUGGCCACUCCUCUUUUGAUCGAUGUGACUAUGAGCUAUGAAGGUGGCACCAAUCUGACGCAGACUGUAUUCAGCCAGUAUUAUAACGGAUCAGAGAUUGUGGUUGCCGGUCAGAUUACUGACAACGACAUUGGAACCUUCACUCCACAAGUCGUGGCAAUUUCGAGCAGUAAGAAGAUGACGUUUUCUAACCCCAACGGCACCGUGGAGUCCACUGGAACAGAGUCUGCCGACCACAUCCAGAGGGUUUGGGCCUAUCUCACGGUCAAACAGCUUCUGGAGAAAGAGCUGCUGUUAUCUGGAGCUGAGAAGGAGAACGUGAAGAGAGAGGCCUUGGAGCUGUCGCUGAAGUACAGCUUUGUAACUCCACUCACAUCCAUGGUGGUCACCAAGCCUGAGGGAGGGGACACCGAAGUGCUCCACAAACCCAAGGAAGGAGAAGCCCCACAGACAGGGUCAAGGCAUCCAAAUAUAGGUUCUUCGGGCAGUGUGAUGCAUACCUCAGGAACACGACAAGGUCAUUUGGCCCGUGUGAUGCAUACCUCAGCGGGCAGUGUGAUGCAUACCUCAGGAGCACGACAAGCUUCACCAGGAGCACGACAAGGUUUACCAGGACCCCCGGCAUAUGGCUAUGGUGGGAUGGACUUAUCAUCAAUUCAACCAAAAGACUCAGGCUUAAGGAGUACACAGUUAAAUGCUGAGCGAGUAUUCUCUGCAUCAAUUCUAACAAUGAUACAACGCGACUAUACUGUUCAUGUUCAAGAUAUGGAUUCACUUGGUAUCUCCAAAAUUGAAGAUCUUGAAGAGUCUACCAUGCUACCACCUAACAUUGAUGAAGCACCUACUCAAGUUCAUGCCACCAUUGUGCCGGCAACAGAUAACAUUCCUGUUUCCCAUCGGUUUUUGCUAAAAACUGAGAAUCAGUCACUUCCACUCUGCUUUGAUGUCACUGGAGACGUUCGCCUUAAACUACUUCACCAUCCCACCAGCGAGCUGUCUGUACACGGCGAGCUUGAUUCAGUAUCGAAUGGAGGCUUCAGAAGGAUUGUCAUCCAGCUCAAUGCUGACCUGUAUGUUGAUGUUGAAGUCAAUAAAAUCACUGUGAGAGAGGGAUCGAGAAUAACACACCACACUGGACAGGAUCCCAUCACAGCUGGAAGUUGGACAAUUAUUAGGCGGGACAAGGACAUCGAUGUUGCUGGUGGGGACACACACUUGGUCAUCUUAAUUCAGGGAAAGGACGCUCAAUCAUUCCUCUGGCCCGUUUUAAGACAGCAGUCAUCGGACAGCGCUGAAGGAAUUUUAGCUCUGAAUCCAGUUUAUGAGGAGGUGCCACAAACUCCCACCACAAAACUUAGGAUCAAAGACCAGGAGAUUGACGUUACCAGGGCCAAUGCUGCUGACUACAGUAUUUCCCCCCCCCUGACACUGGACUGCUGGCUCCUGUCGGCCGACUCUGCCCUGCAGAGACGCCUGGAGGCCUUCAUAGUUUGAACGGAAAAUUAUUCAAACACAAACAGAUUCAUCGGGGAAAAAUACUUUCUAGCUUUAACUUAGAUAAUCAAAUAAAUAUUAUCCAAGCUCA